GACAGUCCUAUCCAUUUUUAGUGUGAUUUUCGAGGGUUUAUGAUUAGAAAAUGUGAACGUUCUGACUUGUUUUACAUGACUAACAGAGAUUACUUGGAUCAGUUGAACCAAUUCUUGUGAUUAUGUAGAUAGUUUUAUGUGAAGGGACAUUUUUCAUCCCUGAAAGGGACAAUGCCACGACCCUGUCGUGAGUCGUACGGUGACCAAAAACCUCCCUAUUCCUACAUUUCCCUGACGGCUAUGGCAAUAUGGAGCUCACCCGAAAAAAUGCUCCCCUUAUCAGACAUUUAUCGGUUUAUCAGUGAUCGAUUCCCAUAUUACAGGAGAAACACUCAACGGUGGCAAAAUUCUCUGAGACAUAAUUUGUCGUUCAAUGAUUGUUUUAUUAAGAUUCCUAGGAGACCUGAUAGGCCAGGGAAAGGCGCUUACUGGGCGCUACACCCGGCAGCGUUGGAUAUGUUUGAAAACGGGUCGUUCCUCAGGAGGCGGAAAAGGUUCAAACUGCCGAAACUGGAGAGUUUAGUGAAGAAUUCUUCAUCUGCCACCCCCAAGGCCCCCGAGGGACCCUCUUCAAGCCCCCCUGUGACUACCGAAGUUCCUAAGAGCGCCGCCCCCAAGCCGUUCAGUAUCGACAGCAUAAUUUCGCCGUCACCGCCCCCGGCGAGCAAUUGUGCAGCACCCCUGGGGGGCCCCCUGCUGCCUCCGACCUACCAGCACCACCCCCCUGUUUGUCUGCCCCCGGGUCCCCUGUUGCAGCCUCCCUACGCCGCCCUCUAUGCCGCCGCUCUGCAUGGAUUGUUGGCUCCACCCCUUCAUCACUUUUUGCAGCCUCUCGAUUUGGAGGCCAUGGCCAGGCAGCGGUUCCAGCAUUUAUCUGGUACCUCUCUACUGGACAACAUCGCCUGUCAACAAAGGAUAGCCUCCCUCCACCAGGAUAUCCUCCAGGAUGACAGCUCUCCUCACGGGUCACACUAGUCACGUGGGUCGUGACGUCACACAAUGCAAUCACAGAAUGAAACAAUUGUUUCUCCCAGAACUGAAUAAUUUCGCAACAAAUUGUUCCUUUGUUAUGAAUCUGUCAACCAUUUUGCAUUGCGAACAAAGUGUAACGAAUUGUACUGUUUAUAGCAGCGGUCCGUACUGUAUUUAGCAUUGUUUCUACAGAUUACGAUAUACUAUAGCAAAAACGACAUCAACCAAUAUAUAUAACUAUAAUAAUAAUUAUUGUGGGUCGCAAAAACUGUAUAGUAAUGAUGACUGAAGAGGCAUUUGUAUGCAAGAUUUUCAAGAUCUAUAGUUACAGAAAUUAUAUUAUUUGUCAUGCUUUCAAAACGUUUGUAUUAUCUACUGUAGAGUUCUAAGAUCUAUAGAGAGGUCCACGUUACAAUGGCAGUGGAGAAAGAUAGGAAAAUCACGUUGCCGAUCCUCUGUUUUGUCAAUGCCUUCUAUAGACGGUAGAUG